AUGGAUCCGGUUAACCCUAUAGUUUUCUUUGAGAUGUCCGCGGGUCAGAUGAGGGUUGGUCGUAUCGUGAUGGAGCUCUACGCCGACACGACCCCAUUGGCGGCGGAGAACUUUCGGGCUCUCUGUACCGGCGAGAACGGCAUCGGGAUCUAUGAUAAGCCCCUCCACUACAAGGGAUCAUUCUUCCACCGUAUUGCCCCCAAUGGUUUGUGGUGUUGUGGAGAUAUCAUUAACUGGGACGGAACGGGAAGUGAGUCGAUCUACGGCCAAGGAUUCCCGGACGAGAACUUCAUCAGGAAGCAUGACCGUCCAGGUGUCCUCACCAUGUCCCACCGUGGCAAAGACAACAACGGAUCUACUUUCCAAAUCGCCACGAAGGAGUUACCGAUGCUUGACGGGAAGCAAGUGGUGUUCGGACAAGUUGUGGAGGGACUGGAUGUGAUCAAAAAGAUUGAGGAGGUGGCCACAUCUCCAGACAGCGAUAUCCCUACCAGGUCCGUGCGAAUCUUGGACUGCGGCGAGAUUGUACGUCGAUCUCAGGGAACUAUGAAUGCCCUUUUUGCUAAAAGGCUCCGAGAUGAGUUGGUAGCCGCUUGUAGGAAGAUCGCUCAGUUGCAGAUAGCCCUGAAAACUUGUGAUCAGGCUUAG